UCCGACUCAGCGAGUCCCUGCCUCACUAGGAAACUACUAAAGUUCCUGUGGACGCAAAGUAGAAUUUCAUAAGAACAUAAUGGAUGGAGAAGAGAAAACCUAUGGUGGCUGUGAGGGCCCUGACGCCAUGUAUGUCAAAUUGAUAUUUUCGGAUGGUCAUGAAUUUAUUGUGAAAAGAGAACAUGCGCUAACAUCAGGAACAAUAAAAGCCAUGUUGAGUGGCCCAGGUCAGUUUGCUGAGAACGAAACUAAUGAAGUCAAUUUUAGAGAGAUCCCUUCACAUGUGCUAUCAGAAGUAUGCAUGUAUUUUACCUACAAGGUUCGCUACACUAACAGCUCCACGGAGAUUCAUUUUCCAAUUGCACCAGAAAUUGCACCGGAACUGCUGAUGGCUGCAAACUUCCUAGAUUGUUAA